CUGCUUCCCGGCGGGGUCCUGCGGAGUUGGCGGAGGCUCCUCAGGGGACUGGGGGACCGAUCUGCGUAGACGCGGGUGGCGGGGAAGAGAGGGGAGGAGAGCUCUGAGUGGGAAGCGGAGCCGGGGGCCCGGGACCCGUCGCGUCAGAGCCAGGCAAGUGAACCGGAGCAAACGACUUCCGAUCCAGUCUGCGCUGCUGCGGCUCCCGUUUGGGAUUUGAUUUGCAGCAUCUUCGAGGCUGUGCAACAAAAAACAGCGAAGCACGCCCAGCCCUCCCUCGGCACCCCGAUACGCACCCACUCCCUCCCGGGGACCCAGCUGGGCGAGUCCACAUCCCCGCGCCCCCCACACCAUGUUGUGCGGAAGGACUUCCACUCCCCGCCUGUGUCGUUGAUGUCAGACCCCAGGCCAGCCUCCGGGCGCUGCAGUUCUCCCGGCUAAUGCUGAGGCUGCGGCUUGGGCUCUAGCACAGGAACCAACCGCCGCCGCGCCGGCCCCAGCGCCCACCGUCUGCAUGUGUCCGCCGUAGCCGCCUGCCCAGCCCGCAGCCCGCGCUCCCCGGAGCGCUGGAGACCACCGCGGGGGGCCCCUUCUGCCCUUGGGAGAAGCGAUCUUGGAGGUAUUGAUUUCGGUGGUUGGAUUUUUCCCGUGGAUUUAUCAAUUCACAAUUCGAAUUUGGAAGAAAGAAGGAAAACAUGACGUCUCCAGCCAAAUUCAAAAAGGAUAAGGAGAUUAUAGCAGAGUACGAUACUCAGGUCAAAGAGAUCCGUGCUCAGCUCACAGAGCAGAUGAAAUGCCUGGACCAGCAGUGUGAGCUCCGGGUGCAGCUGUUGCAGGACCUCCAGGACUUCUUCCGGAAGAAGGCUGAGAUCGAGAUGGACUACUCCCGCAACCUGGAGAAGCUGGCAGAGCGCUUCCUGGCCAAGACGCGAAGCACCAAGGACCAGCAGUUCAAGAAGGAUCAAAAUGUUCUCUCUCCAGUCAACUGCUGGAAUCUCCUCUUAAACCAGGUGAAGCGGGAGAGCAGGGACCACACCACCCUGAGUGACAUCUACUUGAAUAAUAUCAUUCCUCGAUUUGUCCAAGUCAGCGAGGACUCAGGAAGACUCUUUAAAAAGAGUAAAGAAGUCGGCCAGCAGCUCCAAGAUGAUUUGAUGAAGGUCCUGAAUGAGCUCUACUCGGUCAUGAAGACAUAUCACAUGUACAAUGCCGACAGCAUCAGUGCUCAGAGCAAGCUAAAGGAGGCGGAGAAGCAGGAGGAGAAGCAAAUUGGAAAAUCCGUAAAGCAGGAGGACCGGCAGACCCCACGCUCCCCUGACUCCACAUCCAACGUCCGCAUUGAGGAGAAGCAUGUCCGGAGGAGCUCAGUGAAGAAGAUCGAGAAGAUGAAGGAGAAGCGCCAAGCCAAGUAUACAGAGAAUAAGCUGAAGGCCAUUAAAGCCCGGAAUGAGUACUUACUGGCUUUGGAAGCAACCAAUGCAUCUGUCUUCAAGUACUACAUCCACGACCUGUCUGACCUUAUUGAUCAGUGCUGUGACUUAGGCUACCACGCCAGCCUGAACCGCGCGCUACGCACCUUCCUUUCCGCUGAGUUGAAUCUGGAGCAGUCAAAGCACGAGGGUCUGGACGCCAUCGAGAAUGCUGUAGAAAACCUCGAUGCCACCAGUGACAAACAGCGCCUCAUGGAGAUGUAUAACAAUGUCUUCUGUCCACCUAUGAAGUUUGAGUUCCAGCCGCACAUGGGGGACAUGGCUUCCCAGCUCUGUGCCCAGCAGCCCGUCCAGAGUGAGCUGGUACAGAGAUGCCAACAACUGCAAUCUCGCUUAUCCACCCUGAAGAUUGAGAACGAAGAGGUAAAGAAGACAAUGGAGGCCACUCUGCAGACCAUCCAGGACAUUGUGACCGUCGAGGAUUUUGAUGUGUCCGAUUGCUUCCAGUACAGCAACUCUAUGGAAUCCGUCAAGUCCACAGUCUCAGAAACCUUCAUGAGCAAACCCAGCAUUGCCAAGAGGAGAGCCAACCAGCAAGAGACAGAACAGUUCUAUUUCACGAAAAUGAAGGAGUACCUAGAGGGCAGGAACCUCAUCACCAAGCUACAAGCCAAGCAUGACCUUCUCCAGAAAACCCUGGGAGAAAGUCAGCGGACAGAUUGCAGUCUGGCCAGGCGUAGCUCAACUGUGAGGAAACAGGAUUCCAGCCAGGCAAUUCCUUUGGUGGUAGAAAGCUGUAUCCGGUUUAUCAGCAGACACGGACUACAGCAUGAGGGAAUCUUCCGAGUGUCAGGAUCGCAGGUGGAGGUGAAUGACAUCAAAAACGCCUUUGAGAGAGGAGAGGACCCCCUGGCUGGAGACCAGAAUGACCAUGACAUGGACUCCAUAGCUGGCGUUCUGAAGCUUUACUUCCGGGGGCUGGAACACCCUCUCUUCCCCAAGGACAUCUUCCAUGACCUAAUGGCCUGCGUCAGUAUCCGCUCUCGGAUAAAUGGUCUGACCCUCUUAAGGCAGCACCUCUUCCUACGGGCCUGGGCAGCUGAAAGCUCUUCCCCCAUCCUGGGCUUAGCAUAG